AGGAAAAGGAAAAGGAAAAGAACAAGGAGAGAGAGGGAAGAAAGGGAAAAAAUAAAUGGGGAAAAAGGUGGCAACGUGAGUGACCUUGUGUUUUAGAUGCUCGACGAUUAAACUGCUACGCAUUUUGAUGGAGUCUACCAUUAAUUCUCUUCACUUUAGCCUUUGCAAAUAUCACCAUUCCAACUACAUAAACCCUCUUCCCCAAUUUACUCAUCUUCAUUUCAAUCUCCGCUCCGUCUCUACUUUUCACCUUCAAGCUUCAAGACGCAUUUCCAAUUUUCCUCAGGGAGUUGAUGAUUUGAUCGGCGAUUCUCGAAAUUGGAGCCGUCAUCGAGGCAACAUAGUGACUGGAGAUCAUGAUGAAGAUGAAGAUGAUGAAGACGAAGAAGAGGAAGAUCGAAGCUUGGAUCUACUGGUUAAAUUUGUACAGAACGUAUUCAAGAAGCUUUCUCGAAAAGCUAGGAAAGCUGUUCGCUCCGUUUUGCCUGAUUCUAUUUCUAGUCAAUUGGUGUCAUUUUCUGUUAACGGAGUUAUAAUUUUGACAUUUUUGUGGCUAUCAAAGGCAGUUCUUCAGGUAUUUUGCACCCUUGGGAGCGUAGUUUUUGCUAGUAUCUUACUUAUUCGAGGAGUAUGGACAGGCAUAUCAUACUUACAAAAUAAUCGCAACCUUAGGACAGAUGAUGAUGAUAGUCGUGCAUGGAGUGGAGUGCAAUCUGCAAGUUAACUGGCUGGACAAUGUAUUAUUCCUGCUAAGUCUGGAAAGUAGCUCAUGGAGAUGACAAGUUGAGGAACUGCAAUGUCCAAUGAUGGCUACUCUGAUUCUAUUCGGAAACAAAUAGUACAGAAAAUUUCCCAACGCAAUAAUCGGGUUAAGGCCCUUCUACAUCUACUGAAUUAAAUCCGACAAGGUCGAAGCUGGAUCAUUUGUCCUUUCUUAUGUGUAUGUGGUGUAACUAUGGUGUAACUAGGAUGUCAAAUUUACUUCACAAAAUGUUAACCGUCCAAUUCAUCAACUUAUAUUUAAGGAAUAUAAGUACACACUAUUAAUAUGGA